UUCAGUACCUGAUAUGUCGUACGUGUGAAGUGACGUAUCUACCGGUAGUUCUGUAAACGAAGGCAACUCGUCGCGAACGUUUAAAGAUUUAUUUGAAUAUUUUAAGAAAAAUGUUCAACUCUUAACACAAAAGUGCUGAUAAUUUUUACGAAAGUUUAAUUUUGUAUAGCGGAAAAAUACAAAAAAUCAAGCGUGUGUUUUUGAAAUCAAUAAAUGUUAAUUAUUUAUAAGAAUUUAUGAAAUUUGUAAAGCAAAUAUUUUCGACGAAAUUUCCAAGCCAAUUUUCAAGUGGAAAAUAAUUGAAUUUUUUAUUGUGUGCUAUUUUUGACUACAAGCGACGUGUUAGUAAAUAAUUUUAUGCUACAAAUUUAUAAAUAGUUACUGCAAUACAUUGUUGUUUGUGUUUUCUAAACUGUGCGUGGCUCGGUAUUGCAGCAUAAAUAGUGUAAUGCCCGAAUUCUUUAAGUUCAAUGAAAUAGAUAUUUGUUUCGUGUGCAUUUUAUCAGUUUGAGAUAUAAAAAGUAAGCGCGCUAAAGCUGACAGCUUUUUUCACCACUCUGUGUACGCGCAACAAAGCUGCGACGAUUCGACGUGUGUUGUUAUAUAUUUUUUUGCUUUUAUCAGCGCGCGCGUGUAAUUGACAACAACAAAAAACGUAUGUUAAUUACAAAUUGAACGAAUGUGUAUAGAAAAUGUACAUAAAUAAAUGGUAAAAUACAUACAUAUUUAUGAUUGAGUUCAUAUUACAAAACAAAUACGCGAGCUAACGGCAUAUUUGACAUUGCGUUGAGCAGGAAAUAUGCUUGUGGCUUAUGACUAAACGCAAAUUGCGAGCAACAUAUGGAGCAAAAGUAAAAUCCAGCAACAAAAUACCACACUACCGUUAAAUAAAACGAACACCACCGUACCGAUCGGGCAGGCACGAGUUCCAGCUACACUUGGAUUAAAUUUCACCUGAUUUGUAUCGUCACCUUUCGCCUAUAAUUAAACUCAACGUGAUCACGCGCUCACACUACGCUACGUAGCGCAUUAACCAAAUUGCAAUACGCAGAAAACAACGAUAACAAGUAAAGAAUUAAAACAAAAAAAAAAAAUUCUCACUAACAUCCUUUGGCGCACAUCCAUCACAGCCGCCAACUCCACAAAUCCGCUUAAGAGCUGUGAAAUAAGUGCGGCGUAACAGCAACGAGUAGACGGCAGCCGACAGACAGUAAGCUGCAGGCGAGAAGCUGUGCAAAAAAUACGAAAACCAAUAACAACAGCAAGGAAUUGAAGGAGCUACGGGGCUCGUAAGCGCAUAACAGAUUCGCGCAAAAGACCCAUAAUUUUAGUGACGCCACACAAUCGUCGACCUUCCGACGUCGCGCCUCCUCAUACGCCGGCAACGUCAACCACCAUCAUCAGCAUCUACGGCAACAAAAGCAGCACCACCACCGCAGCCACUUGAAGCCGGCGACCUUUUCGUUAGCCGCUUAUAAGCGUGUGCACCUUUUGUGAGGUUACCCUGUGCCUUUUUUGUUAUAACUGAUCUUCGGACGUACGUACGCUCGCCAAACGAGAAUACGAGUAUAAGAGGCAGCAUCAGCGUUGUCGCCAGCCUGAUCACAAUUGUUUUUGUUGUUGUUGUUAGUGUUGCAGUUAUUGCUGUGAUUAUUAUUGUGUGCUGCGCGCGGCCGCCUAUUGUUGAUCACUUUAAGCUGUCGUUCGUUAAAAAAUUAUUGUUGUUGUUAUUGUGCUUGCCGUUGGAUUCCCUCAACUUGAGCGUAGCGAACCUUGGCCGAUCGCACGGCCAUACAGCCAUACAGAUAGACAGACAGACAUUUAUUUAUGAGCGCAGCUCUCGUAUUUUAAACGGUGGCGACGAUCUUCCGCGCUGCACGCCUGUAACUAUUCUACAAAACAACAACAUACGCACACACAUAAGUGUUAUUGCCAUGCUCCAGCAGUAGUUGUUGUUGUAUUUGGUGUUUUGGACAUUCGUUCUGUGAAGGUGCAGCAGCCGCUUGGCAGUUAAAAAAAACGAAAACAAAGCGUGGCAGAAGAACAGCAGAAAUACAAAAAAGAAUUAGAGAGGUCUGUAGACCCAUUGCUGUUAUUGUUAAGUCUUCAUAAAAGAUUUUAAAGGCCAGCUUGUUGUAGAGCCUGUUGCAGGCGAUCACAGCGAAGCCAAAAGGAAGCGAAAACAGCCGAAAGGAGAAAGAACGAGAACGAGCAGCAGCCACAGUCGCAGUCACAGUCGACAGUAAUGGCGCCGAAAUCAAGAAAGAAGAAGGCACAUGCCCGCACACUGAGUUGUUAUUGCGAUGGCAGUUGUCCCGAUAAUGUUAUAAAUGGCACAUGUGAGACCCGGCCCGGAGGUUCCUGCUUUAGCGCAGUCGAAGAAGUCUACGAUGAAAUCACUGGCACAUACGAGGAGGAGCGAACAUAUGGUUGCAUGCCGCCAGAAGAGAAUGGCGGACUGUUAAUGUGCAAAGUUGCCGCUGUUCCCCACCUGCAUGGCAAGAAUAUCGUCUGUUGUGAUUCGGGCGAUUUCUGCAAUCGCAACAUACACCCCGAAUACACACCGAAGAGCACCACCACCCCGCCCGAAUUGCCAGUAAGCUCACAAUCCAUACAUUACCUGCUCAUGCUGACCUCACUGAUUGUCUGUCUGACGAUAUUUGUUGUCGUCCUGCUGAUAUUCUGUGUAAUGUAUCGACGUCGCGAGAAGCAAGGCAAACAACCGCGACUCAUCAGCUCAAUGUGUAACAGUCAAAUAUCACCGCUUUCGCAAUUGGUCGGACAGAGUACGGGUUCGGGUUCAGGUCUGCCACUGCUGGUGCAACGCACCAUCGCCAAGCAAAUACAGAUCGUACGCACUGUGGGUAAGGGACGUUAUGGUGAAGUGUUUCUGGCUAAGUGGCGUGAUGAACGUGUCGCCGUCAAGAUCUUCUUCAUGACCGAAGAGUCUUCGUGGUUCCGUGAAACUGAAAUCUAUCAAACAGUGCUUAUCCGACACGAGAAUAUACUCGGCUUCAUUGCGGCCGACAUCAAGCACAUGGGCAGUCAUACACAAAUGAUGCUCAUCACCGAUUUCCAUGAGAAUGGCAGCCUUCAUGACUAUCUCUGCACAUCGGUUAUUACACCGCAAAAACUGCAAUUGUUGGCCUAUUCACUCGCCUCGGGUUUGGCACAUUUGCACGACGAAAUCGUCGGUACACCCGGCAAACCGGCUAUAGCGCAUCGCGACAUCAAAAGCAAUAAUAUACUCGUCAAGCGUAAUGGUCAAUGUGCCAUUGCCGAUUUCGGAUUGGCCGUUAAAUACACCUCGGAAAUGGAUGAAAUACAAAUCGCACAAAAUUCACGCGUCAGUACGCCACGUUACAUGGCUCCGGAAAUGCUCAAUCAGACAUUGAAUCAACAACAAUUUGAGGAGUUCAAACGUGCCGAUAUGUACUCGGUCGGUUUGGUAUUGUGGGAGAUGUCCCGUCGUUGUUACACGCAAGUGCCCGGCUCGAAUACGACUACGUGCGAAGAUUAUGCAUUGCCCUAUCACGAUGUGGUGCCAGCCGAUCCCACAUUCGAGGACAUGCACGAUGUGGUCUGCAUUAAGGGCUUCCGACCGCCAGUGCCGUUGCGUUGGCAGGAUGAUGAUGUUUUGGCGACCAUGUCGAAGAUCAUGCAAGAAUGCUGGCAUCCGAACCCGACGGUGCGUCUGACGGCGUUACGUGUAAAAAAGACACUAGGACGCCUGGAGUAGGCCUGACUUUAUUUAGUUGGUCAAUCAGUAGCGUUACGCCGCAGCAGCGUGUAAAAUAUGCGCAAAGCGGGCGAUCGUAAUAGCCAUGCUACUAAAGUUGCGUGACAGUUUUACUUUUAAGUGAUUGCUUUUUUAAGUUUUAGUUUUAAGCGUAAUUUUAAUUCUGCGUAAAUAUUUUUAAUACUAAUUUUGUUUAAUCAAAUUACUUUUAAGCUUUUAGAUUUACUCUCAAUAUGUAAUUGUUUGUAUGAGAAACGCUUUGUAAAUUUUCAAUAGCAUCGUAGUGUUUUCGUUGGCAAUAAUUUUAACUUAGCAUAAGUUUUAGUUUACUUUUUCUUAAGUGAAAGUGUGUGAAGUGGAGAGUAGGCAGCUUUUCCGUACUGAAAUAAGCUCUAAGAGCUGCAUGAAUAAUAUUUUUUGCAAACAAACUUGCGACUUUUCAAAAAAGUUUAGCUACUAACAUACAUAUUUUUUUGUAAUUCGGAGAGGUUUAAUUUUUUUUCUAAAAGUGUUAAUAUUUGUUACAGUUUCAUUUCUACACUCCAUAAACGCUAAAAAUUUGUCAAAAAAAUAUCUCAUUGAAAGUAAAUUUUGCAAUCUCUCACUUCCAAUAUCAAUUAAAUUUGUUUGUGCCUCUAAACGCUUUGUUAUGUUUACUUGACACUGAAAACUUAUCGAUAACGUCAAAUCACUAUUCGCAUUUUUACUGCGUAGUUUAUUAAAAGUUCAUUAAUUUUUUUUAUAAUUCUGAUCUAAAUAUCUGUUUUUUUACACGCUGACAAUUUAAAAGCCAUAUUUGCAUUGUGUUUUUUUAAGAAACGAUUUUUUAUGUUUUAUAAAUAUUGCUGUACGGAAAACAAUUACUGUUAGACGAUUGUGAAAUGAAAUUUGAACUACUUUAAUUAAUGUUGCCAAAAUUUGUUACUUUCGUGUUUAUUGUGUACUGAAUUUUGUUUGUUUUUAUUAUUUUGUGCUUAAAACCUAUAAAAUUGCAAGUAUGUAGCAGUAUAUGUAUUAAAACGCUUAAAUAUUAAAAAUUUGGCCUUAAAACGGUUGUUAUUGCCUUAAAAUAGCUUUGUUACAGCAAAAACUAUAUAUUAAUUAUAAAAAAAAAAAAAUAGUUUUUAGUAAAAUUUGUAACUAACUGUCAGAGGAGUCUUUGGGUUAGUUCGUAAACGCAGUAACUUGGUUGCACUGCAUAUUUGCAGGGGCAACGCGUUCGUUAAAAAAACCUGCGGCAAUACUGCUCUUCGUCAAAAGUUUUUUAAUGCAUGCAGUUUGCAGCACUUCGGCAAAUUGUCGCAGCCAUUGCAGUAAUUUUUUUGAAACUGCGUAGAACCAAAGGCGAAAUGGAAGAGUGAGUAAAAUGAUUUCUAAUUCUACAUAUGUCUUUAAUUAUUAAUAUGAUUAUAUAAUAAUAAUAGGCCUUAUUUACAUUUAGAUCCCACGAAUUUUUUAAAUCACUUUUUAGUAAAAGAUUUCUUCUCUUUACUUGUUUAAUCCUUUUUUAUUGUAAUUCAAUAAAAUAUUCUCACUCUGAGUUUCCUGGUUAUCAAUAAUUACGUUAAUUCAAAAUUCCACUUCUCUGGCGUUCGUAAAUGCGAAAAAAUUCUUCGCAGCACAAUCACAACGGCAAGGCAGUAGAAUCGCAAUGAUUGUGCAGUAGCAACCACAGCCGGCAAGAAUGCAGCAGGGUUGCACAAAAUUACUGCGUUUACGAACUAACCCUUUAUAAGCGAAAAAUGUGCCAGCAAUUAGUAAACAAUUUAAACAAAGUAGUAAAUAAAAUUAAUCGCAAGUUUUGUGUUAAAUAUACACUAUAACUACUUGAAACAAUUGCCUUAAAGUUUUUGAGAUUUAAAGAACGUCCGCAAGGUGUCACACUAACAGUGUAAUAAAAAUUAAAUAAAUAAAAAGUGAAAUUUAAAGUGCGAAAAUAAUAAAUCAAGUAAUAUAAAAAUAUAAAUCCUAACAGCUUAAACAUUUUGGAAUAAAACGAAAAAUAAGAAUGCAGUUAAUAAAUCAUAACAUAUUAUUGUUCAUUUAACAAAAAAUGCACUGAAAAAUUAUAAAAAAAACUUUACUUAAACAAGCAUCGAAUAUUGAAAAGAAAAUAGAGAACAAAUUUUAAAAAGAGCGAAAUAUUCAAAAAGUAUCGAAUAUAAAAAAUCCGAGCGAAAAUUUAUAAAAAGCGAAAAUAUGUGAAAUAUUCAAAAUUCUAGCCGUAUCUGCCUUAUUUUGCAUAACUAUUUUUCAUACGAAGCAAAUUAUAAUAACGAAAUAAUAAAUAAAUAUAAACGUGAAAGAAACUAAACUAGCCUUCCAGACACAAUUUUCUGUCGAAAACUGAUCUUUUUGUUAGAUUUCCGAAACCUUUUUUUUUAUUUAUUCAUAUACGAUAGUUGCAAAAUUUUCAUAUUUUAAUAAAUUACACAACAUUGUUAAUGUAACAGAAAUAUUUGCAUAGCAAAAAAAAACGCAAAUGCAAUGGCAAAUCUUAUUAAAUGAAGAAGAAAACAACCUGGGGAGCUUUAGUCACCAAAAGUGAUUUUACUUUUCGACAUAGCCUUUGUCUAAAUGGAAUUAUUUCCAACUGAAGUUUUCGUACACCAGAAAGAGUGGGCGCUCAAGCUCAUUUGUCAUGAAUAUUAACUAUAAAAUUGUUUUAAACUUCAAUGCUACUUGCUUCAUUUAAUUUCUUUCAGUGCUGUAAAUAGUUUUUUAUUUAAAGUAAUUAAAAAGAAGAUAAAAA